AUCAAAUUGAUUUGAAAAUAAUUAUGAAUAAAUAACAAUUUGUGUAAACGUGACAUUCGUAUCUCACAAAUAUUUUAACCUUGUGAUAAGUUGAAUAUAAAAUUGAUUAACAUUAAAGUAGCAAAACAUUAAGAUAUGGGCAUAUUUUAUCACAAUGUCCCGUUACAAUACACGUUUAUGUUACAUAAAAGUAUGUCUUGUUUUCAGCGAACUACGUUAGUAUGCAUAUACCUAUCAUGUCGCGUGUUAACGAUUUUAGGCUCUGACACUCACUUGUCUACGCUAUGUAAAUUUACAUUUAUUUUUCCUUGUAUUCGUUACCACUUUACAGAACGAGGUUACGAACGAAAUACUCCACUGUAUUUUAUAAACGUAACAAUGUCCGUCACUCUACAAAAAUAUGUUUCAAUGUUAUUCAAACGAAAUAUACCGCAACAUUUUGUUGACACCGUAUAUAUUAGAAACAACACUUUACUACGAGCGCCCAAAAUACAUUUCUUACAUUACAAAAUAAAUAGACCAUGCUUGGAAUAUUUUCGAGCAACAAGCACCAAUGUGCGAUCAAUGUACUCGGCAAUCGAGCCUACAUUUUUAUCGAACAAAGAUGAAAGUCGUGAGCUGAUGGCUAUAUGGCCGGACGUUGUUCGGGACCUCACGGAUGCUGGCCGCCAUCUUGAUAUACCAGAUGUCACAAAAUGGUUGGCGAAGGUGUUACAAUACAAUGUUCCUGUGGGAAGAAAGAACAGAGCAUUAUCGGUUGUAUAUGCCUUUAAAUCCUUUGCUUCUUAUGAUCAACAAACGGAAGAAAAUAUUCGCUUAUCUCGUAUCUUAGGCUGGUGUAUUGAACUGUUGCAAGCAUUUUUAUUGGUGAUUGAUGAUAUACAAGAUCAAUCAACAAUAAGACGUAAUGCACCAUGCUGGUACUUGAACAAUGGUAUUGGAUUAGCAGCCAUAAACGAUGGUAUAAUGUUAGAAAUGUGCAUAUAUCAGUUACUUAAAAAACACUUUAAGUCAAAGGAGUGCUACUUGAGCCUUAUGGAAUUAUUUUUAGAUACCACUUUAAGAACAUCAAUGGGACAAUGCCUUGAUUUGUUGUCAACAAAUUUUGGUAAAAAAUCAAAUUUGAAUCUCUUUACAAUGGACCGUUAUAAUUCUAUUGCAAAGUACAAAACAGCUUAUUAUACAUUUGUGUUACCAACUACAACUGCAAUGUGUUUUGCUGGCAUAAAAGAUCCAGAAAUGUAUAGGCAAGCAAAGACAAUUUUAUUAGAAAUGGGUCACUUCUUUCAAGUACAAGAUGAUUAUAUGAAUUGUUAUGGGAGUAUGGAAGCUACUGGAAAAACUGGUUCGGAUAUAGAGGCAGGAAAGUGUUCAUGGCUAGUCGUGGUAGCACUACAACGUGCCACAUCAGAACAACGAAAAAUUUUAGAGGAAUGUUAUGGACAAAGUGAUGUCAAGAAACUGGAUCGUGUGAAACAACUUUAUGACGAGUUAGGUUUACCAAAUACUUACGCCAUCUAUGAAGAAGAAACGUACAAUCUAUUAAUGACGCACAUACAACAAAUAUCACGUGGACUUCCUCAUGACUUUUUCUUGAAGUUACUUGAAAGAGCAUGUCGCAGAGUGGCCAGGAAAGAUUAAUUAUAUUUUU